AUGGCGGCCCACAGAUAUGCCGGCAACCACGAGGAGCAAGUCGCGAACGACUCUGGAAGACAAGCGUGUACUGCAUCGUCCUCCAAAUCAGCCCCGAGGAAGACAUCUGGAACGAAGCGAAAAGCGGCCGAGACCAAAACACCCGCCACCAAGAAGCAGAAGACACAACCGUCAAAGGUCAGGGAUGAGGACGAUGUGAACGACGAAUCAAAGGAUGGUGACAAUGCCAGCGAUAGCAUCACCAUCAAUCGCGCCCCAGUCCUCGAACUGUGGUCCAGCUGCGUCGCACAAUUCCUCCACCCUUCUCUCCCAUGGUCGACAGCCUUGAGCGUAGGCAGCGCGAUCAGUACCAUCACGGCAAUCUCCAAAGGACGCAGCAUCGGCACUAUUGAUAAGCCCGACGCAUCAGAAUCGUCGGAGAAGUGCGAGAAGCGCACGCAGGCACAAGCAGACCUGGGCGAAAUCGAUGUCGUGAGCUUCCAUCUCAAGAUCAAGGAUGGGAGCGCAGUUGUCGGAGAUAAGCCCAAGAAAGGCAAUGAAGAGACGCUGAAGAAGAGAUAUGGCGAAGGUCAGUAUCAGAAGGCCAAGAAGACAUUCCAAGAGGCACUCGAGCAAUGGAAGGGCAAGGGGGAUGAGUUGGACAGAAGGGCGUUCCAUAUGUAUGAGGACUUCCGACCAAGUGUGCCGAAUGGGCAGAAAGGUUGGGGGAGGAAGGGACAAUUAAAUCUGGAUAGCGUGAGGAGCGCCAUUGCAGGAGGAUGA